AUGACAAUACGAGCAGCACUCAUCGUCAACAACCACGGUAAGCCACGCUUGACCAAGUUCUAUACCCAGCUCCCGGCUUCUCGCCAGCAAGCUCUCAUCAAGGAGAUCUUUCGCCUCGUCUCAAAACGACCCGAUGGGGUAUGCAAUUUUCUUGAUGCAACCGAGCUCACCGCUCUCCUACCACCGCCUGCCGACGCAGUUCGUUUCUCCUCAUCCCUAAGCAAAGGCAAGCACGUCGAAAAGGACAGCAGCGAAGCCAAGCCAACAACAGCUCGCAAAAAUGAAGAUCAACUGCGAGUCAUCUACCGACACUACGCUACGCUUUACUUUGUCUUUGUUGUCGAUCAGAGCGAGAGCGAGCUAGGCAUCUUGGACUUGAUUCAGGUGUUUGUGGAGAGCUUGGACAGGUGCUUUGAGAACGUGUGCGAGUUGGAUCUUAUCUUUCACUUUGACGAGGUGCAUGCGAUUCUCAACGAGGUGAUUCAGGGAGGGUUGGUCGUGGAGACGAAUAUUAACGAGAUCGUUGCAGCAGCACAAGCAACGUCGAGAGCGAGGAAAGCGUCUGCUGCAGCUGCUGGAGGAGGAGGGGCUGGUGCGGUAGGAGCAAGUUUAGGAAGUCUCAACCCAGGAGCGCUGCACUUGUCAAUACCGGGUACAGGCGGCGGCUCCAUUCCAUGGCCAAAGGGGACAUUCAUGGUUGACGCUAUCUCCAAUCUUGGCAAUCAGUACCUUGGUCGUUCUAGCGGUCGUCGCUGA